AUGACGUGCAUUUCGGUGCAUUUCCGGUUACCGGGUUACGCUUUCCGAUCAGCCAUUCAGCUGGCGGUUCAUCAUGUGAGCAACAAUUCCUCGCUGCUGCCAGGCGUCAGGAUCAAGCUGGUUGCAGCCAACUGCACAUACACACCUUUCCCCGGCCAAAUGGCAGGCCUGCACCUGAUGCUGGAGGAGAGGCCGAUAGCCAUCAUCGGCCCCACCACGAGCAGCCAAGUAGCGCUGCUGAGCGGGCUGGCGGGCACAACGCGCAUCCCCCUGCUCUCCUACUCCGCCACCGACCCCCUCCUCACCACCUCGCGCCAGUGGCCUUAUUUCAUGCGCACUUUGGUCAUUCCUGUCGCUCCCAAACCUCCUGGCGCUCCCAAACCUCCUGGCGUUCCCAAACCUCCUGUCGCUCCCAAACCUCCUGUCGUUCCCAACCUCCUGUCGCUCCCUAACCUCCUGGCGCUGUACCGCUGCAAGCACUUCCUUGCCCAAACCCUCGGCCUCAUCACUUCCUCUCCUCCCCCUUUUUUACCCCAUCCCACCACUCAUCCCCCCUCCCCUCGGCCAUUCGUGUCGCUGCGCGCAGACCUGCUGGCGCUGUACCGUUACAAGCACUUUGUAGCCAUAUUCACAGACGACCGGUUUGGGCGGAACGGCAUCAGCGUUCUCGAAAACAUCCUGCAGAACCGAUGGGGCUGGCAACACCCAGUGGUGGCGCGUGUGGCGUUGAAGCGGGGGAGGGAGUAUGACGACGCGCGUUCCUCUCUGGAAAAGCUGCAGCAAGUGCGCACGUCAGUCAUGAUCAUUCACGCGGGGGGCGACGGCCCUGACGCCGUGCUCAAAGCAGCGGUGGAGCUGGGAAUGUUCAGCCGCGGCUAUGUGUGGAUCACCACGGAGCCCACCUCCCUCCAGUCCUUCACAUACGAUGGCGCCACCGCCUCCUUCAUGCCGCAAGUGCAGGGCCUCAUAUCCAUGGCGUCUUUUGUCCCGCCCUCGCCUGCCCUCACGGUCUUUCGAGCAGAGUGGAAGGAGCACAUGUCGGGGCAGGAGGGGCCUUCUUCUCCAAAGGCGGACGUGUAUGCACUGGCAGCAUACGACGCGCUGCUGCUGGUGGCUCAAGCGGUGCACAACAACGUGCUUUGUGGCUCUCAACCCAGUGCCCUCCUAUGUAUCCCCUCUUCCCCACCAACCCCUCCUCCUCCCUGCCUCCCCCAGGCGGACGUGUAUUCACUGGCUGGCAGUAUACGACGCGCUGCUGCGGGUGGCUCAGGCAGUGCACAACGUGCUGAUGGCUCAACCCACCCUUUGCCCUCCUAUGAAUUCUUCCUUUGUUCCCUCCUCCUCUCACCACAGGCGGACGUGUAUUCACUGGCAGCAUACGACGCCCUGCUGCUGGUGGCUCAGGCGGUGCACAACGUGCUCUCAGGCGACGCCACCGAUGGCGCCGACUCCCAGAACGCCCUGGUCGAGCCUGUGCCUCCCUCUCAAGGCCCAGGGGCUUAUAACGAGGAUGGGGCCAACAGUGGGAGUUUCCCAGGGGUGGAAAGUGGUGGUGUAGCUCGUGCUGCUGGUGCUGCCGGUGCUGAGGGGAAUGGUAGCAGUAGCGACAGGAGCAGCGGUGGCGCUGCAGCAGGUUCUGUCCUCGUUAGUAACAGUUCCGCUGCUGUCCAGGAGCCUGGCACGUGGACUCAUGUGCCCAUGCCUGUGGUGGCGCCUGGUGAUCCUGCCAGCUCGCUAAUCCCGAUUCUUUCUGGCGCAGCUCGGAGCAAUUUUGGGCCGCUGCUGCGGGAUGCACUGCUCCAGGCGUCUGUGAUGGGCGCCACAGGCAGGGUGCGGCUGACUCCGGAGGGCGACGUGAAGGACGGGUCGGUUCAGCUGCUGAAUGUGCGGGGCAGCGAGUUCGUCACUGCUGGGUACUGGCGCCUGGGGAAGGGCUUCACCACCUCCGAUGACCCACUAGCCCCAGCAGUGCAGGCCAACAGCUCUACCACACUCAACCUGCUGUUUCCAGGCAAUCUCGAAAAGGCGCCCUCAGGGUGGCUGGCCCGCCAACAGGACCCGCUGCGGAUCGCCGUGCCGAACAAGAAAGGCUACAACCAGUUUGUCGAGAUCCUGCCGCCCACCGCCGCCCAGGGAAACGACCGCUUCACGGGGUUUUGUCUGGAUCUGUUCCGGGCGGCAGUGGUGCGGCUGCCUUACGAGCUGUCGUACGAGUUUAUGCAGUUUGGGGAGGGCGAUGCCACCCCGAGUUACACCGAGAUGGUCUAUGCUGUUGCGAACAAUACAUACGAUGGAGCCAUUGGCGACAUUGCUGUGCUCAAUUUCCGCAGCGAGGCCGUCGAUUUCACAGCCCCCAUCCAGCAAUCAGGGCUGAGCCUGGUGUCCUACGUGGCACCAAACGACAACCCCUGGAUCUCCUACCGCCCCUUCUCCUGGCAAAUGUGGCUGCUACUAGCCUGUCUCAUCGUGUUCACCGGCCUUGUGCUCUGCUUCCUGGAAAGUUCCCACCCCAUGCACCUGCUGCGGCGGGAGUAUGACCGGCCGCAUCAAGAAGUCAUGUCGUACAUAUGGAUGUCCUUUGCUCCAGUUGGAUUCGCAAAAGUGAGGGGCAUAGUCAAGACGUCUCUUGGUCGGAUACUCACAGUCACCUGGUUUGCGCUCAUGAUUGUCGUCUCCAGCUCCUACAUCGCCGCCCUCACUGCUGCUCUCGUUCUCCAAAAGCUGCAGCUCCCAGUAUCCAGCAUAUACGAUGCAGCAGGGUCCGACGUAAUUGUGGGCUAUCAAUACGGCUCCUUUGUCUACGGCUAUCUCGUGCAGCUUGGGUUUUCUCCGUCCCGCCUAGUGCCGUUGAACAGCGAGCAGGACUACUAUGAGGCGCUCACUUCUCAGCGCGUGGCCCUGAUAGUGGACGAGGACCCCUACCUGAACGUCUUUGCCUCGCAGUACUGCCAAGUGCUCCGCGCCUCGCAGGCCUUCAACGUCCUCAACUCCGCCUUUGCCUUCCAGAAGGGCUCUCUCUUCGGGGCGGACAUCUCUCAGGCGCUGCUGGAGCUGGCACAGAAUGGCGAGCUGCAGCGCAUUCGUAGCAUGUACAUCAAGAACACUAGUAACUGUGACAACGCGGCAUCAGUGAUGGUGGAGAAGGUGCAGAUCUCAGCCACCACCAUGGCGGGCCUCAUGAUUGUCUACGGCGCCUUCUCCCUGCUGUGCUGCGCUGCUUAUAUCGCCAUCAUCUUAUACCGAGGACACCGCGCGCACAGGGAGCUGAAGCCUGAUGCUUUCAGAGAGGUGGGGGCAACGGGCAAUUUCACUCCCCCAACUGAACCUGGCGGAUUCAGUGGCAGCGGUGGUGAUGGGGGCCCGUGGCGUGCCGAACCUGACGAGGUGGUGCGGUUCGAUCGGUGGGCAUUGGAUGGUGGUGGGAAGGUGACUGGUGGUGAGUUGACUGGAAGGUCAACUCUUGAGGAGUUAGAAAGGCUGGUGGGGUUGAGUCGGAGGGCAGAUGGCGGUGGUGAGGAGGUGACUUUUGAGUUGACUGAAAGGCCAGCUUGCACCUCCUCCUCCUCCUCAAUAGCUGCAGUGGCUGCAGCCGCAACAGGGAUAUACACAGUGCCGUUUCCAGCUGAUUUGCCAGCCAACAACUCACCUCGGAACCACAAGCAAGGGCAUGCAAGGGAGAGCUUAUCUGGGGAAGGUUUAUCCAGGGAAGGUAGGUUAGCAGGAGGAGCAGGAGCAGGAUCAGCAACAAACAGAGGAGGAGCAGCAGCAGGGGCAGCAGCCGUGGCAGCAGGAGCAGGAGCGGCGCCAGGAAGAGGAGGAGGAGGAGGAGCAGCAGCAGCAGAAGAAGCAGCAGCAGCAGCAGCAGCAGCAGCAGCAGCAGGCGUGGCUGGUUCUGCUGCAUCUCCUUUUCCAGUGCUAGAGGCAAUCCGAGCGAAAAUGGCAAACUUGAAGGAAAAAUUCCAGCUGGGAGAGGAAUGGACCCCUGAUGCUAUGAGACUCCAACAACGUCAGAGCCACAGUGGAAGGGUGCUAAGUUACAGCCAAACGGUCAUGAGCCCAUCAGCAGCUGCGGCUGCAGUGGCAGCAGUAUCAUCUGGUGCUGCUUCCAAUGCUCGUGGCAUUGCCAUUGGCACCGUUGGUUCAACACCUACCAGUGUUGCUGCUGCUGCUGCCGCUGCUGUUGCUGCUGCUGAUGCUGCUGCUGCUGCUGCUGCUUCUGCCACUACCAGUGCGACUCACUCACUCUUUCCAGAUGCCUUCUCUCCCCGCUCUCCACACCCCUUCAGCAAGAGCAGGACCUUCAAGCGCAGCCCUGCUGCUUUUGACCUAUCCAGCACAAGCCCAUCCAGUUUUCACGCGCCACAACACCACCGCCCGCCAGCCCUCAUUGCAACAAACCCUCGUUACAGCCCUCGUUACAACCCCACUCUGCAAUCCCCCACGACACGCCCGUUCUCCAAGAGCAAAACCUUCAAGUAUUCCUACAGCAACAGCAACACCAACAGCAGCCCCUCCUUUAGCCUCACCAGCCCCUCCAGCCGAACCCCGUCCAAACCUCCUCCCAGAAAAUACAUGUCUAGUGGGAACCUGUCUAGUGGGAACCUGUCUAGUGGGAACCUGUCCGGUCUGCCUCUGCAGCAAGGCACAGACCUGCCCAGUCGAGCCCUCCACCAGGUUCCGCCUGGAAGGGGUCUGUCUCGGUACCUGUCAAUGAACCCUAGGACCGGUGCUGGUGGGAUGGAUCCGUCAAGCAGCAGGGAUGCUGGAUCGGCAGGGGUUAUCAGGGAUGGACGAGAAGGGGAUGUGUUUGUCAAUGAUGCAAGAUCUGCAGAUGCACUUACAGCAGCAGGUUUACGCUCCACAGACCAAGGCAAAGGCCCAGCUUUGGAGGAGGGGGUCCAAACGCCAAGGCACAGCUUGCCUGCGCGUGCAGCAGAAACCCUGAGGGUUACACCUGGGGCAGAAGCACAGAGAGCGGUGGCUGGGGCAGAAGAACAACAGAGGGAUGCAGUUGGGGCAGAUACUGAAAACUUUGCAGGUGGGGCAGAUCCACAGGCAUCUUCCUCUGGAGAAGACUCACAAGCAGCGGUUUUCGGGCAGGAUCCACAGGCAGCAAUCUCUAGGGCAGAUUUGCAAGCAUUGGCUGGUGGUGCUUAUAGCGAGGCAGGGCCUGGUUUUACCAGUGAGGGUGCUUAUAACGAGGGAGGGGGCGGGGCUUAUAGAGGGACCCCAUCCCCUGGAGCGUCCAGAAGGGGACAGCUGUCAAGGCAGACUCUGCGGGGGCAUGGAAUGAGCAGCUUCAAUGACAGCAUGUUUGCUGGUGGUGGUGGCAGUGCUUGGGAGAGUCGGUUUGCUGGGAGCAGCUCGGUGGAGAGUAGGUUUCCUGGUAAUAGCAGCUUCAGUGAAAGCAUGCUUGACGGGAGUGUGCGAGAGGAGGAAGAAGGAGAGGAGGAGGAAGAGGAGGAAAAGGAGGGAGAGGAGGGAGAGGAGAGGGUGGGAGAUGGUGGGCGUCAGUUGGGGAGUGGUGGGCAUUAUUUGGGCAGUAGUGGGAGGAGUGUGUCGGUGACAGAGGCUACAGGAUCAAGCAUGCCCAUUUGCCUCCUCCCCUGCGACACACGCGCCUUCAGCUUCAGCCGAACCUCCACUGCUACCAGUUUCUCGCUUACCCCGACUAGGAAUGUUGCUGCCGCUGCUGCUGCUACCCGCGCGCUUGCUGCUUUCAACGCAAUCAGCUUUGGGGGUUCGCAUGUGGAUGCUGCUGGUGCUGAUGGUGCUGGUGUUGCUGGUGUUGCUGGCGGUGAGGCAUUGAAAGCUUCGUCCACAGGAGCGUUGAAUGUGGUGAAUUUAGCCACCACAGGGCCUCCGGCUGCUGACUCCGGCGAGAAGAAAUCUCGGAAGAGGAAGCCCGGCCGUGGUUCUCGAAUCAUCGGAACCGGCUCAGCUGUGCCAGAGAAGAUCGUCACCAAUGAUUUCCUCGCAACCCUGAUGGAAACGUCAGAUGAAUGGAUCGCCACCCGUACCGGCAUUCGCAACCGCCAUAUUCUCACUGAGAGCGAGACGAUGACCGGCCUGGCUACAGAGGCUUCGCGGAAGGCUCUGGAGAUGGCUGGCGUGGAUCCUGCUGACGUGGACCUGAUCAUUUUCUGCACGUCAACCCCCGACGACAUUUUCGGCGGUGGUUGCCUGGUUCAACGGGACCUGGGCUGCAAACGAGCUGUGGCUUUCGACCUCACUGCAGCUUGCAGUGGCUUUGUCCUCGGCCUUGUCACCGCCUCCCGAUUCAUCCAAGGAGGGGGGUAUGAGCGGGUGCUGGUGGUGGGGGCGGAUGGGCUGUCGCGAUACGUGGACUGGUCGGACAGGGGCACGUGCAUUCUGUUCGGCGACGGCUGUGGGGCCGUGUUGGUGCAGGCUGCAGGCGAGGGCGAGAGCGACGGCAUGCUGGGGUUCGACAUGCACAGCGAUGGCAUCGGCUCCAGGCACCUGCACGCGUGCUUCAGUGUGACACCGGCGCCAGAAGAGAGCGGGUCUAUUGCAGGGAGGGCGGUGGCGACCCCCAUUGUGAUGAACGGCAAGGAGGUCUACAAGUUCGCUGUCACCUCCGUGCCCCAGGUACGCGUCUGUCGAUAG